AUGCCGUUUCUCCAGGUGAAGAUCUGGGGGAUGUUGCGGGCCUGGAGGCCGGCGGUGAAGUCUCCGACGGCCGGAUCUGAAGGGUUUCGCCAGGAGGAGGUUCGUACCCGCCGGCCGGUGAUGACGUCGUCGGUGAGGUUCAUGGUGGGGACGAGGAAGCUUGUGGGGUGGGUGAAGCUGUCCCAGAUUAUAGAUCCGGUGGAGUUUAACCGGAGGACGAGGUUGCCGGAGUCGAGAAUCUCAGCGGUGGUGGCGACGGCGGCGGAGGGGGGGAAGGUGGCGUUGGUGGACCAGAGGGUGCGGUUGAGGCCGUCGGAGAGGACGAGGUUGCCGUCGGCGGAGAUGGAGACGCGGCCGGAGGAGUCGGUGAGGGGGGUGGCCCGGUUGGCGACCCAUAUGACGGAGGUUCAGUAG